ACCAUUUUCGUGUAGAAAAAAUUGGAAUGUCGCGGAAAAAGUUGUCUGCUUAAUUUUCAAAGAUAUUGCGUAAUACUUGGCCAAAAUGCUGUCCACUUUGAGAAACUCCGUACUGUGGCGUUUUGUUGAAACCCAAGCCAUAACAUGUACCGCCUUUCGUAUCCGAAGUUUCCAACAGCAGAGGAGACUCAAUACCACAACCCGAAUUUUCUCAGAGAAGUAUAACAUCAUUUUAAUGGGAAGCCCAGGGAGUGGCAAGUCAACAGUAGCCCGCAUCCUAGCCAACAAGCUGAACAAACCAUCCAUAGACAUUGACAAUGAUGUGCUCGAGCCAAUGUGGGGUAAAAAAAUAUCAGAAAAAUUAAAGGAAAAGGGAUCUAAAGCUUUCAUUGAAGAAGAAGGCAAGGCUUUAAUGACUGUAAAAGCAGAGAAUAGCAUAAUAUCUCUAACUGGUUCCAAUCCAUUACAUGAUGAGGCUAUGCGCUACAUAGCUAACACAGGUUAUGUUAUUUUCUUGGACUAUCCAGCUAAGGGAAUUCUACAAAGACUUCAUAAAAUGAAAAUAGAUAGAAUAGUGGGUCAGGAAAUGGGAACCCCUCUCACAGACAUUCUGGACCACCGACAGAGUACUUACGAACAAGCGUAUGAUAUCCGAAUUUUGUGUGAGGAGGACGAAAGUCCAGAAUCUGUGUCAGAAAAAGUGGUUCAAGCAUUGAAAGUGUUAGAAGAAGACCAAGGAUACGUGUCGACCAGACAGGACGUUAAAUCUCAGAGCCCACAUGAAAGAACUACAUUAGGUGAGAUUCUGUUACAAGGACUGGCCCCAGAUGGGGGGCUUUUUGUCCCAGCUCUUCAGAUUCCAUGUUUAACAAAGGGAGAAUGGAGCCGCCUUGUUAACAUGAGGUAUCAAGACAGAGCGGUGAGAAUCAUGGAGAAACUUAUUAAUCCGUGUGAUCUCCAUCCAUCCAAACUUAGACUUUUCAUUGAGAAAGCAUACAACACUGAGUUAUUUAAUGACGAGAAAAUAUUUCCUGUUCGGCACCUGCAAGACAAUCAGUUUCUGUUAGAACUAUUUCAUGGACCUACCGGGUCGUUUAAAGAUGGAGCUCUUCAGUUAAUGCCACAAAUGUUUGUAGAUGCCUUAAAACACAGUCAGCCUAUGAAUAAUAGCAGGUAUAUUAUUUUAGUGGCUACAUCAGGAGACACAGGGGGUGCUGUCCUCGACGGAUUCCGCAGACAUGCUGAGGGAAGUGGAGUGGGGGUGAUUGUGCUGUUCCCAGAACAUGGAAUCAGUGAGGUACAGAGACUUCAGAUGACAUCCAUGAGUGGAGGCAAUGUGCAGGUGUUAGGUAUUGAUGGAGAUUUUGAUCUCUGUCAGGCUAUGAUAAAGAAAGCAUUUCAGGAUCAAGACCUUGCCAGCUGGUUGGAGGCCAAUGGGAAUUUCAAACUGAGCGCGGCUAACUCCAUCACCUGGGGCCGUCUCCUUCCUCAGAUCGUAUUCCAGGUGUCCUCCUACCUUAACCUUGUAGAACAAAAGGUCAUCUCUCUCGGUGAUGAAGUGGACGUUUCCAUACCAACAGGCAACUUUGGAAAUAUACUAGGAGCUUUUUAUGCUCAGGCCAUGGGAAUUCCAUUCAGAAGACUUAUAUGUGCGUCCAACACUAACAACACCCUAACAGAAUUCAUCAACUCUGGAAAGUACGAUAUACGAUCCCGUCAACUCCAGAAGACUCAGUCGCCGGCCAUAGAUAUACUGAAAGCCUCGAAUUUAGAACGCUUCAUCUAUCACAUGUCAAACAGGGACUAUCAGCUAGUACGCAAAUGCUUCAAGGACCUUGAGGAAAAUCAGUGUUUUGAAGUGACUGGCCAGGUUUGUGCAAAAAUGAAUGAUGAAAAGUACGGAUAUCUACUGGAUCCACACACAGCGAUCGCGAAGUUUGUGGCAGAUCUUGUAAAUGACGGAGAUGUUCCAAUGAUCAUCAAUGCUACGGCCCACUACUCCAAAUUCAUACCUCAGGUUUUACAGGCCCUGGGACGUAAAAAAGACAUGAAGGACAAGUCGGUGUCGGAAUUGUUUGAAAUGGCCCACAAAAUCACCGAAGCUCCCAGCAUGCAUAGCAAAUUAGAAGAAUGUGUGAAGUCGGCAUCUGUCUGUGAAAAAGUGCUAAAACCAAACUACGAGGAUGUCGAGAGAGAAAUCAAAAUAUUCUCCCAUAAGAUUUAG